AGAAAAGCGAAUCCAACCCGUUCGGGCCGCUGCUCCGGACUCGCCAGCCGCCGCCGCUGUGCGCCCGCCGGCCAACCGCCGCCUCCUCCCCCCCGGAUCGGGUGUACUGUCCCAACCCGAAAGUCCAGUUCUGCGGCCCGGCAGCGGCGAGCGAGCGAAAUGACACAGGAAUACGACAACAAACGGCCAGUGUUGGUUCUUCAGAAUGAAGCCCUUUAUCAACAGCGUCGCUCCUAUACUAGUGAGGAUGAAGCCUGGAAAUCUUUCCUGGAAAACCCUCUCACUGCAGCAACCAAAGCGAUGAUGAGCAUCAACGGAGAUGAAGACAGUGCAGCUGCUCUGGGCUUGCUCUAUGACUAUUAUAAGGUUCCAAGAGAGAGAAGAUCAUCCACAGCAAAGCCUGAUGUUGAGCACCCAGAGCCAGAUCAUAGCAAAAGAAACAGCAUACCAAAUGUGACUGAACAGCCUCUCAUUUCCGCUGGAGAAAACAGAGUACUGAAAAAUGUGCCAUUUAACAUUGUCCUUCCCCAUGGCAACCAACUGAGCAUUGAUAAGAGAGGCCAUCUAACAGCUCCUGAUACGACAGUCACUGUCUCCAUAGCAACAAUGCCUACCCACUCCAUCAAGACAGAAACCCAGCCACAUGGCUUUGCUGUGGGAAUCCCUCCAGCAGUGUAUCAUCCAGAGCCCACUGAACGUGUGGUAGUUUUUGACCGGAACCUUAAUACUGACCAGUUCAGUUCUGGUGCUCAACCCCCAAAUGCUCAAAGGCGAACUCCAGACUCCACCUUCUCAGAGACCUUCAAGGAAGGCGUUCAGGAGGUUUUCUUCCCCUCGGAUCUCAGUCUGCGGAUGCCUGGCAUGAAUUCAGAGGACUAUGUUUUUGACAGUGUUUCUGGGAACAACUUUGAAUAUACCCUAGAAGCUUCCAAAUCACUUCGGCAGAAGCCAGGAGAUAGCACUAUGACAUACUUGAACAAAGGCCAGUUCUAUCCUAUCACCUUAAAGGAAGUAAGCAGCAAUGAAGGGAUCCACCACCCUAUCAGCAAAGUUCGUAGUGUGAUUAUGGUAGUAUUUGCUGAAGACAAAAGCAGAGAAGAUCAGUUAAGGCAUUGGAAAUACUGGCACUCUCGGCAGCACACUGCUAAACAAAGAUGCAUUGACAUAGCUGACUAUAAAGAAAGCUUCAAUACCAUCAGUAACAUUGAAGAGAUUGCUUAUAAUGCCAUUUCUUUCACUUGGGACAUUAAUGAUGAAGCAAAGGUUUUCAUCUCUGUGAACUGCUUAAGCACAGAUUUCUCAUCUCAGAAAGGUGUGAAAGGAUUGCCUCUUAACAUUCAAAUUGACACAUACAGUUAUAACAACCGGAGUAAUAAACCUGUACAUCGUGCCUAUUGUCAGAUAAAAGUCUUCUGUGACAAGGGAGCUGAACGGAAAAUCAGGGAUGAAGAACGAAAACAAAGCAAAAGAAAAGUUUCUGAUGUUAAAGUGCCACUUCUUCCCUCUCACAAACGAAUGGAUAUUACGGUUUUCAAACCUUUUAUUGAUCUUGAUACUCAGCCUGUCCUCUUCAUUCCUGAUGUGCAUUUUGCCAACCUUCAACGGGGCACUCAUGUUCUCCCCAUUGCCUCAGAAGAGUUGGAGGGUGAUGGAUCUAACAUGAAAAGGGGGCCAUAUGGAGCAGAAGAUGAUUUUGCUACUCCACCUCCUGCUAAACUGACCCGAUUAGAAGAACCAAAAAGAGUGUUGCUCUAUGUUCGAAAGGAGUCAGAAGAAGUCUUUGAUGCCCUGAUGCUCAAGACGCCAUCUUUGAAAGGCUUAAUGGAAGCAAUCUCAGACAAGUAUGAUGUCCCCCAUGACAAGAUUGGGAAGAUAUUCAAGAAAUGUAAAAAGGGGAUACUGGUGAACAUGGAUGACAACAUCGUGAAGCAUUAUUCCAAUGAAGAUACCUUCCAGUUGCAGAUUGAAGAAGCAGGAGGGUCAUACAAACUCACCCUGACUGAGAUCUAAAGGCUGACCUGCUCCACCACUCACAGUGGAUUUAACUGAAGGUGUUCAGUAAAUCUCAUUGUUUGGCAAGCUACACCAGUCAGCCACCUUCCAAACAGAUGGCUGUCAGUGGAAGGGAUUC